AAUAUUUCCAAUUAUUUAUGUUUUAAGUAUUCAAAAGAGUUCUCGUAUAAAAAUAACAAAUUCUGUCGAUAUUCUUUCCGCAUCGCAUAACCUUAUUACGGUUUAAGUUGUGUCGGCAAUAUAAGCGCGAUAACAAUCGCAGAUUCAAAACACAAAGGGGUGAGUAGCGCCACCAACACUACCCGCAUUUGUUUGUUCACAGCAUUGCCAAAUGAAGAGUGUUCCUUUUGGGUAAGAGUGAAAAUGAGUGGGUUCUUUUUCCGUAGCUGUUCUGCUAAGAUAAGCCGGAUGUUACCCUUCGUUUUCGUAAUUCUUAAUCAUCGGAUAGAUACCUUGUUAUGUCCAGGUAUUAAAAAGGGGAUCAGUAAGCUUCAGUCUGUAAUGAGCUAAAAAGCUUGUUUUUUCUUGUUAUCAUUUUUAGUUACUGUUAUAUUUAAUACUAAUUCAAAAUAUUUAGUUGUAUAAAUCUUUAGCCUUUUUUAUUCUGAAAAUCAAAAAACCCUGAUUUUGUAUUUAUCACAAGAGCAUACGUGAUUCAUUCAUUACUCUGACUAAAUGGACUUGAAUGUUUGUUUAAACUGUGGUGGUUUGACGCAUGAAGAUGAGCUGUAUUGUUCUCAUGAAUGUCGUUUACUUGAUAAUGCCACAACGGAGCUUUGGGUAAAUCCUACAAAGGACCUAUUAUCGUCAAAUCCAAUACUGGCUUACCUUUUUUCGCAUUACUUUCAACUCUUUCAUCAACGAUCAUCUGUUUGCUCUUACACCAGAUCUCCAAUUCCAACCUCUUCCAUCUCUUCUGAAAUCCGAAAUUACAGCUUCAAUAAACCAUGACUUUUCUUUUUACUCACUUUUCCGUUUAAACUUGUACCUUUCUAUGAAAUAAAGACAUUUUCAUUCGUUAACUGUAUAACAUUUGAUUUUCAGCUUUAUUACCCUUAUUUUCAGUCUAAAAAUUCCUUACGAUUUUUUUUUUCUUUAACCUUUCUUUGAAACUCUCAACCUUGUUCCUUCUUUUUUAAUGGCCUCUUUUCGAAUUAUUUCCUUUUCUGGGCAUGUUUGCCGUGUUUUACAGAACUUUGUUCUACUUUAUGACCCUGCUUUCCAUUUUUUCGAAGUAGUUUUGUUAAAAUAUAUAUGAUUCGUUCUUUUCUUUCAUUUAAUAAAAUCAAC